UUGAAAGCGCGGUGGCUAGGGUGGCGGUUCGCCGGGGAGAUGAGGCUGCACUGCGAGGUGGAGGUGGUCAGCCGGCACUUGCCAACGUUGGGGCUGAGGAACCGGGGCAAGGGCGCCCGUGCCGUGGUGAGCCUGUGUCAGCUGCGGCCCCCAGAGAGGGGCGAGCGGGCCGGCCCGCACUCCGCCUGCCUCCUCAUCUCUACGGUGAAGGACAAGCGCGGGACCCGCUACCAGCUAAAGGAGAACAUUGAGCAAUUCUUCACUAAAUUUGUGGAUGAAGGGAAGGCCACUGUCCGGUUAAAGGAACCUCCUGUGGAUAUCUGUCUAAGUAAGGCUAAUUCCAGCAGUUUAAAGGGUUUCCUUUCAGCUGUGAGACUGGCUCAUAGAGGCUGUGAUGUCAACACAUCACUUUCAACACUCAUACCAGUGAAGACUUCAGAAUUUGAAAAAUUUAAAACUAAAAUGGUUAUCACAUGCAAAAAACAAUAUCCCUUAAGCAAGAACUUUCCAUAUUCCCUGGAACAUCUUCAGACUUCUUAUUGUGGUCUCGUCCGAUUUGACACACGAAUGCUUUCUUUAAAAAACCUUGUGAAAUUAGACUUGAGUCAUAACCACAUAAAAAACCUUCCUGCUACAAUUGGAGAUCUCAUACAGCUUCAAGAACUUGACCUGAGUGACAACUGCUUAGAGUCUUUCAGUGUGGCCUUUUGUCAGUCUACACUCCAGAAGUCACUUCGAAGGCUGGAUCUUAGCAAGAACAAAAUCAAAGCACUUCCUCUUCAGUUUAGCCAGCUCCAAGAACUUAACGAUUUAAAGAUAGAUGAUAAUGAAUUGAUCCAACUUCCUUUCAAGAUAGGACAGUUAAAAAAUCUUCGUUUUUUGUCAGCAGCUCGAAAUAAGCUUCCAGUUUUGCCUAGUGAAUUUAAAAAUUUAUCUCUUGAGUACUUGGAUCUUUUUGGAAAUACUUUUGAACAACCUAAAGCCCUUCCAAUUAUAAAACUACAAGUGCCAUUAAGUUUAUUGGAAUUAUCUGCACGAACCAUACUAUAUAAUAGGAUUCCAUAUGCCUUUCAUGUCAUUCCUUUCCAUCUUUGUCAAGAUUUGGAUACUGCAAAAACCUGUAUUUGUGGAAGAUUUUGUCUACAGAGUUUCAUUCAAGGAACUGCUACCAUGAACCUGCACUCUGUUGCCCACACUGUGGUCUUAGUGGAUAAUAUGGGUGGUACUGAAGCACCUAUUACCUCUUACUUCUGUUCUUUAUCCUGUUAUGUAAAUUCCUCAGAUAUGUUCAAAUAAUGUCAUACCAUAGAAAUUUCAGUUCCAGCUCAGUCAGGGAUUCAUUAGGAGUUAACAGUGUCAGCAUAGAGACAGGAAAGCCUCCUGCUGCUGUGCUUUUGUGUAGAGGAAUGGAUUUGGGCUAAUAUUAAGUCAUUUAACUUGAAAACUUUGAUUUCAUUAAAGCCAAAUAAUAUUGCGGGGUUAACUUACUCAUAUUGCAGUAUGGGUUGUAGGGUUAUGGUUAUAUUUUAUAUUUAUUUUAUUCAUUUUUGCAGUCUUGGGGAUUAAACCC